UUCGCCCCCCUCAUCAUUUCCUGCGCCGCGCUGCUGGAGAAGCUCUCCGACACCUACACCUGCUUCGCCACCGAGGGCGGGCGGCACCUCCACGUCCUGCACACGUUCGGGGACUGCCUGUACAUCGCAGUGAACGGCGACGGGACGCAGAGCGAGGACGACCUGCGCCGGACGCUGUUCGUGCUGCGGCGCUUGGUGGAGGCUCACUGUGGCCUCGUCACGCUCGACUCGCACCUCAUCCGCAAGGAGUUGCGUCCGGCUGAUUCGGAGCAGCGGGAGCGUGUGUGGAGCCUGCUGCGGGGCCUGCUGGAGACCUACAGCCACCUGCGGGAGGAGGACCAGAGCUUUGCAGUGGAGGCCGUGGAGCGGCUGAUCCAUCCUCAGCUGUGCGAGCAGUGUAUCGAGUUCCUGGAGCGACAGGUGGUACAGUACAUCAACACCAGCCCUGAACGUGGUGGGGAUGAAGUGGGCCAUGCCUUCCUCCUGGUACACACCAAGCUGCUGGCCUUCUACUCCAGGUCCGCAACGCCAGCUCCAUCCGCUCAGCCGACCUGCUUGUCCUCAUCCUCCUGGUUCAGGACCUGUACCCCAGUCAGAGCGCCGAGGAGGAGCUUGGCCCACAGCCCACACCAGGGAAUGCUUUCCCUCAGGCACCCAAGAGAAGUGAGAGCAUCCCUGUGAGUGGGCCUGGCUCCCAUGGAGCUGCAGAGAAGGACUCAGAUGACCAAGACACAGAUGAUCUCUCUGUGCCUGAGGUCUACUACACACCUGAACCCUCUCCAGGCCAGCACAGUACAG